AUGCUCCACAAGAUAUUUGGUCGAGAGCAAAAUUUGGAGGCAGAUAACAAUAUGAGUCCACUACCUGACGAGUUUGACAUUAUUGUGUGUGGAGGUGGUAGCUGCGGCUGCGUGGUGGCUGGUAGGCUGGCAAACCUGGAUCACAACCUCAAGGUCCUUCUGAUAGAGGCUGGUGAGAGUAACCUGAACAACCCUUGGGUAUUUCGACCGGGUAUCUACCCGAAGAACAUGAAACUUGACUCCAAGACGGCAUCAUUCUACGAAUCUCGCCCGUCCAAAUGGUUGGCUGGACGGAAAGCCGUUGUGCCCUGUGCGCAUAUCCUUGGAGGUGGUUCUUCCAUCAAUUUUCUGAUGUACACCCGUGCUUCAGCUUCGGACUAUGACGACUUCCAAGCCAAGGGAUGGACUACUGAGGAGCUACUUCCUCUAAUGAAGAAGCAUGAGACCUACCAGAGAGCUUGCCACAACAGAGACGACCACGGAUUCGAAGGUCCCAUCAAAGUCUCUUUUGGAAACUACACCUACCCAAUCAAGGAUGACUUUCUACGAGCAACUGAGUCCCAAGACAUUCCGACCGUGGAUGAUCUACAAGACUUGCACACCGGUCAUGGAGCAGAGCAUUGGCUUAAGUGGAUUAACCGAGAUACCGGGCGGCGAAGCGAUAGCGCACACGCUUACAUUCAUUCAACCCGGGCUGUGCAUUCCAACCUCUACCUUGCUUGCAACACGAAAGUUGACAAGGUCAUUAUCGAGGAUGGCCGCGCCGUCGGUGUACAAACGGUUCCCACGAAGCCGUUACAUCCCAACCAGCUCUCGACUCGCAUUUUCAAGGCACGCAAGCAGAUAAUCGUUUCUGGAGGCACUUUGUCAUCUCCAUUAAUCCUCCAACGAUCCGGGAUUGGUGACCCAGAGAAGCUCAAAGCAGCAGGCGUUGAGCCCAAGGUCGAUCUUCCUGGGGUGGGCUUGAACUUUCAAGACCACUACCUGACAUUCUCGGUUUUCAGAGCCAAACCUGAGACCGAUAGCUUUGACGACUUUGUGAGAGGCGUCCCCGAAGUUCAGAAGCAGGUCUUCGAUGAAUGGGCGCUGAAAGGUACUGGACCACUGGCCACGAAUGGUAUCGAGGCUGGAGUGAAGAUUCGGCCGACUGCCGAUGAGCUGAAAGAGAUGGCCUCUUGGCCUACUCCGCAUUUCAAAGACGGCUGGGAGUCAUACUUUAAGGAAAAGCCCGACAAGCCCGUCAUGCACUACUCGGUCAUUGCUGGUUGGCCGCCUGGCAAGUUUUUCACCAUGUUCCACUUCCUCGAGUACCCCUUCUCCAGAGGGUCUACCCACAUCAAGUCAGCGGACCCCUACGCAUCUCCAGACUUUGACACUGGCUUCAUGAAUGAUGAGCGGGACAUGGCACCUAUGGUGUGGGGCUAUAUCAAAUCUCGCGAGACGGCUCGCCGCAUGGAUGCCUAUGCAGGUGAGGUCCAAGCCAUGCACCCCUUCUUCGAUUAUGAUUCCCCUGCUCGGGCCAAUGACAUGGACCUCGAAACCACGAAGCGCUAUGCACUUCCAGGCAACCUGAGUGCCGGUCUUCAGCACGGCAGCUGGAGUGUCUACAACCCUGAGCCAAGCAAGACGCCAGAAGCCCAUAUUCUGAACAGCAACAAGGCAUUCAUCCGUGAGGACCUGAAGUAUUCUAGUGACGAUAUUAAGCAGGUUGAGGAGUGGGUUAAGAGACAUGUCGAGUCCACAUGGCACAGCCUUGGUACUUGCUCGAUGGCGCCCAAGGAGGGAAACAGCAUCGUCAAGCAUGGAGUUCUUGAUGAGCGUCUCAAUGUUCACGGGGUCAAAGGGCUGAAAGUGGCCGACCUCAGUAUCUGCCCUGAUAAUGUGGGCUGCAACACUUAUUCCACCGCUCUUCUGAUCGGAGAAAAGUGUGCCAUGCUCACAGCCGAGGACCUUGGCUACUCCGGAGAAGCUCUGGAGAUGAAGGUUCCUACAUACCAUGCGCCCGGGGAAGUUUCCCUUCCCUUCCGCGUCUAA